AUGUUUAAUUUAUUGAAUUUAUUAUUUGGUUUAUUAACUUCAUUAAUUCCAAUUAUAUAUACCAUUAAAUCAUUAGAUAAAUCAUUAGAAUUUAAUAAAUAUUCAUAUCAAUUUUUAUUAAAUUAUUGGUUAUAUUAUAUUAUAUUAGAUUAUAUAACUUAUACAUUUUUUAAUAAUUUGGGAAUAAUUAAUUUUGGUAAUCAUUUAAUUAAAAUUUGGUUAUUUUUUGGUUCAACAAAAUAUGAAAGUAUUGAAAUUAAUAACAUUGUAUUAAUUAAUCAUAUAUUAUUUAAAAAAUUUUAUAAAAAUUAUCAUAAUUUUGAAAAUUAUUUUAAUUUUACAAUUAACAAAAUUUCACCAAAAUUUAAUAAAAUUGGAGAUUUAAAUUAUCGAUUAAAUCAAUUUGGUAUAAAUUAUUCACAAUCAAUUGAUUCAAAUUAUUCUAUUAAUUUUGAAUUAAUAUUAUUACAAAUUAUAAAUUUUAUUAAAUUAAUUAAUAAUUUUUUUGGUAAUGAUAAAAUACAUUCAAUCGAUUCACCAAAUUCGAAUUCAUAUUCCAAAAAAUUGAAAAAAAUAAGAAAACAAUCAUCUUUUACUUCAUUUACUUCAGUAGGUUCAAGAUCUAAUUCAAGUUCAAAAUCAACAAAUUCAAAUUCAUCUGACAUACUAUUACCACCAGCACAACAACACCAACAACAACAGAAGAGUCAAUAUCAAUCACCAAAAUCCAUUUUUAGUACUAAUUCACCACAACCAAAUAAUGAUGAGAUAAACUUAAUGACAAUUCCAAAAUAUAGAAUAAGUAGUACACCACCUCCAAUUGCUGAUAUUAAUAAUAAUAUACCAUAUCCAGCUAUAAGUACAAUACCUAAUAGUAAAGGAUUUAUUAAAAGAAGAUCAAAGUCAAAUGGUGAUUAUGACUUGGACUCACUGAUUUUAAAAUUUAGACAACAUCAAGCUCAUUCUCAAUCACCUGGAAAAGUUCAAAUUCAAUCACCAACACAAUCACCUUUACAAACUCAUUCUUAUAAAAACGAUAAUAUUGAUUAUCAAUUAAGUCCAACUCAACCAACUUUUAUACAACAUCAACAUCUACAACCUCUACAACAACAGUAUUACCAACAACAACAAUCACAACACCAACAACAACAACAUCAACCAAGAGUCAAAUCAAAUACAUCAUCAAGAAAUACAUCAGGUUCAAAUUACAAUUAUGAACCACAAUUAAAUCGUCUGGAAAAUUAUAGACAAUUUAAUCAUCACAAUAAUAAUCAUCACAAUACAAAUAAUAAUAGGAUAAAUAAUAGAGAAUAUAGAGACUAUAAUGGUGGUUACAAAGUUAAUUCAAAUGCAAUGAGAAGUGUUUCAGAGCAAUUAAAAAAUUCAAAUAAUAAUAAUGAAUUACCAGCUGUUCCAACACCUUCAAUGGUUUUACAGUAG